GUGGAGUUUAGGGUUUGUUUUUUGCCAUUUUUGACCACUGCUAACAAAGAGCUAGCUGGGCCAGUUCAACGCCCCUUCCGGUUUCAUUCGUGUCCUUCAGUCCUUUACUAAAGUUGCCUUUGACCCCGGAAGUCAGGGCUUCAGGGUGCCUCCCUCCCACAAGAUGGCAGCUGCCGAAGACGAAUUACUGCUGCCAAGGCUCCCUGAGCUCUUCGAAACCAGUAAGCAGUUUCUGGAUGAAGUGGAAAUCGCGACGGAACCUACUGGUUCCCGGAUGGUCCAGGAUAAGGUGCUUAAGGGACUGGACCUCCUUGAGAAGGCUGCCGAAAUGCUCUCGCAGCUCGACUUGUUCAGCCGAAAUGAAGAUUUAGAAGAGAUCGCUUCCACUGACCUGAAGUACCUGUUGGUGCCAGCAUUUCAAGGAGCCCUCGCCAUGAAACAAGUCAACCCCAGCAAGCGCCUAGAUCAUUUGCAAUGGGCUCGAGAACACUUCCUAAACUACUUAACCCAGUGCCAUUACUAUCAUGUUGCGGAGUUUGAGCUGCCCAAACCCGAGAACAACUUGGCUGAAAAUAAUACUGCUAGUUCCUCCAUGGCCUAUCCAAACCUCGUUGUUAUGGCAUCUCAAAGACAGGCUAAAAUAGAGAGAUACAGGCAGAAAAAGGAGAUAGAGCACAGAUUAUCUACACUGAAGUCUGCUGUGGAAAGUGAUCAAGCUGAUGAUGAGCAUGUUCGUGAAUAUUACCUCCUUCAUCUUCGGAUGUGGAUUGGGAUCAGCUUGGAAGAGAUUGAGAGCAUUGACCAAGAGAUACAGAUUCUGAGAGAAAGGGACACCUCAAGAGAUGCAUCAACUUCUCACUCACCUCAUCAGGACAGACCACCAUUGAAACCCUUCAUUCUCACUCGGGACAGGGCCCAAGCCAAGGUAUUUGGAGCUGGUUAUCCAAGCUUGGCAACUAUGACAGUGAAUGACUGGUAUGAUCAGCAUCGGAAAUAUGGAGCAUUACCAGAUCAGGGAAUAGCCGAGACAAAAUCAGAGUUCAAAAAUGCAGCUCAGCAACAGGAAGAUCAGGAACAAAAGGAGGAAGAAGACGAUGAAAAAACUGUGCACAGAGCCCGGGAUUGGGAUGACUGGAAGGAUACCCAUCCUAAGGGCUAUGGCAACAGACAGAACAUGGGUUAACUGUCCCAUGACAAGAUGGAAGUAGAGGAGCUUACAUCAUCAUCUCCAAGGAAAGCUGUACUGUUUUCACCUCCCUGGGCUCCUGCUUCAGCUGUCAACAACAAAAGCAAAGACAAUGCAUCUUGCUUUGUGUCCAUUAAAGUGUCAAAUGAUUAAGUGUGUAUUUGUACCCUAGAGAUAAGCCAGUGAUCUUGUUUCAGCAUUAUUCUCAUCAUGGUGUAUUACGAUUUCUUAAGUGGAAAGGAAUAAGUUCUGGGAAAUGGCUCUGUAUAAUCAAUGGCUGUAUGAAUUAUCUGUAAAAAAAACAAUAAAGCCCCGUCUAUCAUGAACCUCUGCAAAAUAA